GCCGCUGGGCGCCGCCAUGUUGGAGGCUCGGGUCGCCCACCAAGGCUGCGAGCGCGGGAGUGUGGGCGCGAGCGAGACCAGUUCCUCCGGGCCGAUGCUGGAAGUGCGGCCGGGGCUGUACCUGGGCGGAGCCGCGGCCAUCGCGGAUCCAGACGGCUUGCUGCAGGCGGGGAUCACUGCGGUGCUGACGGUGGACUCCGAGCCGCCAGACCUGGGGGCGGGGGCUGGCGUCCAAGGUCUUCUGAGGCUCUUCGUGCCCGCGCUGGACAGACCCGAAACCGACCUGCUCAGCCACCUGGACCGGUGCGUGGCCUUCCUUGGCCAGGCUCGUGCCGAGGGCCGCGCGGCGUUGGUGCACUGUCAUGCAGGACUUAGUCGAAGUGUGGCUGUAGUGACUGCUUUUAUGAUGAAGACUGAAGGACUGACCUUUGAAAGAGCCUAUGAAAACCUUCAGAUUAUCAAACCAGAGGCUAAGAUGAAUGAGGGAUUUGAGUGGCAACUGAAAUUAUACCAGGCAAUGGGAAAUGAAGUAGAUACCUCUAGUGCAAUUUAUAAACAAUAUCGUUUACAAAAGGUUACAGAGAAGUAUCCAGAAUUGCAGAACUUACCUCAAGAACUUUUUGCUGUUGACCCAACAACCAUUUCACAAGGACUAAAGGAUGAGAUUCUCUACAAAUGCAGAAAGUGCAGGCGAUCUUUAUAUCGGAGUUCUAGCAUUUUGGAUCAUAAUGAAGGAAGUGGUCCUAUAGCCUUUGCUCACAAGAGAGUGACGUCAUCUUUCAGGCUUACCCCAGGGAGCCAGGGUCAGUGCACGUCCUAUUUCAUUGAACCUGUUCAGUGGAUGGAAUCUGCUUUGUUGGGUGUGAUGGAUGGACAGCUUCUUUGUCCCAAAUGCAAUGCCAAGUUGGGUUCUUUCAACUGGUAUGGUGAACAGUGUUCCUGCGGAAGAUGGGUAACACCUGCUUUUCAAAUACAUAAGAACAGAGUGGAUGAAAUGAAAACGCUACCAGUUUUGGGAUCACAAACAAGAAAAAUAUGAACUUGUGACACUGGAUAGCUUGCAAAGAAACUUGCUGAUGACAUGUGCCACUCUUGCUUGUUGUCAUUCAUGGCAGACUAGUGUUUAGGCCAUCAACAUGUCAUUGGAAAUGUGAGAGAUAAAAUUACUUGAUGUGACUUGGAAACUAUGUUUUGUUAGCUUCUUAAAUUGUUUAAAUAGACAUGGAAAUCAAAACUUUUUAAUCAUGUAAAUUGUACUUUGACAUUAAAAUGUUAUAAAACUCAGAUUCUUUGUGUAUUAUUAAAGUUAUAAUUUUUAAAAUAUUCUGUAAUCUUAAAGUCUGGAUGGAUAAGAUAAUGUACAAAAAUUGGAAACUAAUGUAUUUCUAGAAAUGUAAAGCAGUUUUCUUUGGCCAUAUUUUGAAAUUUAUAUCUUUUUUUUAAAGGGACAUUGGUAAAUUUUUGUGUGUGGAUUUUCCUUGGAAAUGUAGAAGGAAAGGCCAUUAGUAAAACCUUAACUAAAAUGUGGUUUUCAUAUACUGUUCAGGAAUCCCAGCUAUCUAAACAUUUAGAAAAACAUGUUUAGGACCCCUUUUGAAGUAAUCUGCUUAAAGAAAUGUACUAAUAUUAUUUCUGUUUCUAAGAAUGAAGAAGUAAUGUGGAAUGGUUACAUAUUAUUACUUUUUAGUCCUGUGUGUUAUAUUAUCAAGAAAGGGAGUAUGUCCAAUUAACUUUUUAACAUGGUCUCUGAAAAUUGGAAUUUAUUUUACUCGUGAUAAAAAGUAUGGGACCUAAUUAGGUAUUUGAAUAUUUACAUGAAAUCAGAUUAACUGUUAAAGAGAAGUAUAGUCAAUGUUCUUAAAAUGUUUUGCAUAUUGACACGUGUCUAUAUGGGACUCAUAUUAAAUGCAAAAAAGGGAAUGAUGAUACUCUAAAAAAUUAGCUUUUUGAAUUUUUGAAAUGUCUGGGAGUGUUAUAGAUGACUCUAGAGAACUUCAAAAUAGGGCCUGAAGGCAACUUUCAUACCAUUUUUCCUAUGAGGAAAAAAAAUUCUCUUUCUGUCUUUCAUGGUAUCUGUUUACUUUGCUUCAUAAUAUUGUGUUUUAGAGAGCUUUAAAAAAAAAACAAUUCGGGGGCCUCCCGGUGGCACAGCAGUUGAGCACUGGGUUGCGAAGCUGCCCGCAGCCUCUCAGCACCGGUUCGAUCCCCGGCUGCUCCCCGCCACUGGAGGAGGGUCCCGCAUGGCGCGCAGACCUCCUCUGCCGCCCGCUGCUCUCCUCAGCAGCGUACUUCGGUCCUUCUGCCUGCUCUGCUCCCUGCUCUGGCUCUGGUGAAUUCUCUCACCCUCCUGCAAUUCUGACUGUACCCAGUGCUUGUAUAAAUAAAUAAAUCUUUUUUUUAAAUAAAUAAG